CUGAGAAGUCAGAAAUCUGGGUAAUCUCUGAGUAAAAAAAUCUUAGUGGAUAAUCAAAAAGUAAUAAUCAGCAAUUAGCAUAAAAUUAGCAUAGUCAAACCCAUUUCAAUUUUUGAACAAACAAGUGAAACAACCCAAAAACCUUCCCCUUUUUUUCUCUCUCACUCUGCACAACACACAAACCACAUUCCAAAAUCCAAAAAAUCAAUCUCCCUCUCGCUCACUUACUUUCUCUCUCCUCCCAUCAUUCCCCCUCUGUUUUUCUCUGGGUUGAAGAACAACAAUCUCUGGGUAUGUAUUUCUGUAAUUAGAGGGAGAAAGUUGGAGAGAGAAAGAGCAAAAGAAAGUGACCCUUCAUAGAAAGCAAGAAGGAGGUGUUUUGGUGUGGGGGAUCACUUUGAGAAAGGAGUAAAGCAUAAACUAUCAGUGGGUAGUAAUAGUAUUUUUUUUUGUAAUAGUAGUAUUUUCAAUUUUCCAUCCUCAUUUUGUAGGGUUUUUUUUGAAUUGUCCCACAUAAUUAAGAACACCUCCUUUUCCUCUCUCCUUCUGUUAAUGCAGCACACAUAAACAUUGAUUGGUGGAUAGAGAUUUGGAUUAGCUUAGAUUGAGAAAAGCUUGACAUUUUUAACACUGGGGUUUUCAGUGUUUUAGUGGAGGAAAUGCUGUGUUCUAAUUUGAACUGAAUCUGGAUAUUUUAAGAUCUUAGCUGUAAGAUCUUUUUGGUGUAGAGUUAUCUAUGUUAAGCACUGAAUAACCGGGGUUGCUUUGUGCAAUGUACCUACGUAUGAUUGCGAGGCCAGGAUUUUAGAAGUUGAAAGGGGCAGUAGGGUGAGUGCUGCUGUGUUGAAAAGAGGAAAAUGUCAUCAGAUGUGCCACUUGAUUAUGCUGUAUUUCAAUUGUCUCCUAAACGGUCACGCUGUGAGUUAUUUGUUUCUUAUGAUGGCACCACGGAGAAGCUGGCAUCAGGACUUGUAAAGCCUUAUGUUACUCACUUGAAGGUUGCAGAAGAGCAAGUUGCAUUGGCUGUGAAGUCAAUUAAACUUGAGGUUGACAGAUAUAAAAAUGCAGAAACAUGGUUUACAAAGGGGACUCUUGAGAGGUUUGUUCGUUUUGUUGGCACACCCGAGGUUCUGGAAAUGGUCAACACAUUUGAUGCAGAGAUGUCCCAGUUAGAAGCAGCUCGCAGAAUCUACUCACAGGGAGCAAGUGAUGAUCAGUCUAGUGCAUCAGGGGGGGAUGGAACAGGAGCUUCUGCGGCAUCCGAUGCCACAAAGAAGGAGCUCCUAAGAGCCAUUGAUGUGCGGCUUGCUGCAGUUAAGGAGGACUUGACUACAGCUAAUGCCCGUGCCUCUGCUGCUGGUUUCAAUCCUGAAACGAUCUCAGAAUUACAGCUCUUUGCUUAUCGCUUUGGCGCUCACCGCCUCAGUGAAGCUUGCAGCAAAUUCAUCACCCUCUCUCAGCGACGUGCUGACCUCUUCAUCAACGACCAACCAUCAUCAACAUGGAAGUCCUCUUCCGAACUUGCCCUCCGUUCCUCCUGCAGCUCCGAUAUGUCCCUUGAUGAACCCUCCGAUGACCAACCCAAGCUCUCCCCCUUUCCCACCACCAGUACCACCAAGGUCACCUUCCCUUUACGCCGCUUUUCUAGGGAGCCCAGUCCUAGCCCUGUUGAUGACAAAGAGGAGAGAGAAAGUGCAAAAGACAAGGGCAUUGAAAAAGACAAAGCUACCACUUCUGCUUGUAACUCAACGACCGAGUCAGAUUCACCCCCCUCCACGUCAACUAAGACACCUCAACUCACCAGACGGCUCAGCGUGCAAGAAAGAAUAAGUAUGUUUGAGACUAAGGCUCAGAAGGAUAUUUCCCCCUCCCCUACUACUGUUUCUUCUGGCGGGGCAAAACCGGAGCUCCGUCGACUGUCCUCCGACGUUGCUUCUUCAACUGACAAGGCCGUUUUGCGGAGAUGGAGUGGUGCAAGUGACAUGAGUAUUGAUGUUAGUGGGGAGAGGAAAGAGCCUGACAGCAACGCUAAUACUCCUACACCCGUGUCCAUUUCUAUGCCCCAUCCUGUUUUCCCUCCAAAAUCUAAGGAUAAGAGUGAUUUAAAGGCGGAAGAGGGGGUUAAGGAAUCUAAGCUGCCAGUAGCACCGAAAUUUGGCUCCCAAUCUCCUGUUUUAUCUGGUUUAGAGGAGUCUCUGACAGCUGAGGCAAAUUCUAAAAUCGCUUCUUUCUCAGGGAGAUCAUCAGAAAGUGUGGGAUUGAAUGAUCAAAAGAGUUGUGGAGGGGUUCAUUCAACUGUGACGCCUUUUGGCAAGGGUGAAGAAUUUGGGUUGGAAAACCAGCCAUCUUCUAUUCUGACUCAGACUCAGAUUAGAUCUCGGCCUGGGAAAAGAGAUCACUUUGGUUCCUGUGGUCAGACAGCCACAGAGGAGAAGGUUAAGAGUUCUCCGGGUGGUGGAAGCAAUCCACAUGAAGACAUAGGGAAUAACUUUGGGGCAUCUGCAUCUGCAUUUGACGGCAAUUCCGGUGGUCUACAAGGUGAGACUGGGGAUGAGCGGGUGAGGGAUCAACAGGUUCCUAGAUCAACUUACAGGACUUCUCAUAGGAGAACAGUUGAAGCUGCGUCGGGAUCAUCAGCCUCUGAAGUUCAUUCACAAGCUGUUAUUCAAAACAAAGGAGGUGAGGCGGAUUCCAUGCCUGCUCAACCUAGGUGGAGAUCUGCAGGGGUUGAAGCUGAUGAAGCUAGAAGGAAAGACACUGAUACAUUUGAGAAGCAGGCUGACAGUUUAUUAACACAAAUGGAAAAUUCUGGUUCGUAUAGAGGAAAGUUUCAAGGACAUGGUUCUUCUUUUGAUCAAAUGAAGAAGUCCGGGGCUAGAUUGGAAGAGAGUGGUACUGGAGUCCAGCAGGGUUCAACCGGGAAAAGUGCAAUUGAUUAUCAGGAAUUUUCUUCUUCAACAUCUUCACUUCCUGUAGAUCAGGUUCAGAGAGUAAGGCAGUCAAAAGUUAAUCUGGGGCUGAAUGCUGAGCUUAAAUUGAAGGCAAAUGAGCUUGAAAAGCUGUUUGCCGAGCACAAACUUCGUGCUCCUGUCGAUCAAUCAAAUUCUGCUCGGAGAACGAGGCCUGUUGAUAUGUCCACGGAGCAGGAAAUGGCUUCCGUCAGUAGAAAGCCUGUGAUGGAGGCUUCUCCUGUCCAGACGACUACCGUGAAGUUAGAGGCUGAGCAUUCUGCAGGUUCUGGUAACAAGGAGAGGAACACUUCUACUCCAUUGAUGAAAAAUGUAGAUAAUCGGGAAUAUGAUGUCACACCAAAGCAAAACGUUUACAGCCUCGGCUUUUCAGAUGAUUCUAGAGGGAAAUUAUAUCAGAAGUAUAUGCAGAAGAGGGAUGCCAAAUUAAGGGAAGACUGGAGCUUAAAAAGGCCUGAAAAAGAAUCUAAGUUGAAAGCAAUGCAAGAUAGUCUCGAAAAAAGCAGAGCUGAGAUGAAGGUCAAGUUGGCAAGUUCUGCAGACAAGAGGAAUUCGGCUUAUGAUGCCCGUCGGCGGUCAGAGAAAUUGAGAUCAUCCAAUGUCCGAUCAGCAUUGAAGAGAGAGCAGGUAUGCAUCACGCAUGCUCCUAUUGACUCUUUAAUGAGCGAUGAUGAUGAAGAUCAAACUGAGUUUGUUGGCAAAAAGUUCAGUGAGACAUAUUCGGGGGAUUCCUCUUCUAGAAGUGUACAAAACAAAAAAGUUAUACCGAGCAAAAGUACAGCAUCAACUACACCCCGUAACUCCGCAGCACCUACUCGGUAUUCUGGGAAAGCUUCUAAUUCUGCUGCAGGAAGACGAAGGAUGCCUUAUGAUAACCCUCUGGCACAGUCAGUUCCUAAUUUCUCUGAUUUACGGAAGGAAAACACAAAGCCAUCUUCUGCAGGAAGUAAACCAGUCCGUCCUCAAGGAAGAAACCAUGCUCGUAAAAAGAGUGUAAGUGAAGAUUUGCUACUUGUCAAUGAAGAAAAGCCACGGCGGCCUCACUCCUCGAGAAAGGGCACAGCUAAUCCCAUGGAGUUGAAUGAUUCUCGUAAUUCCGAUGAUUUUGAAGAUGCUGUUUCCAAGCCUUCAAAACAUGGUAAAGAGGAGAAUGAGGACUAUCAUAAUUUCUCUAAGGAUAUAGAAUCAAAGGCUUUUCCAAGAAAAGGUAGUGGCGUUGGACAUAUCUCUGGUAUGGGUAGAUCAAAAGCUUCAAUGAUGGUUGAGGUAUUGGGAAAUGGACAUGAUUUUGACAAUGAGAGUUUUGAAACAGAAGAGAUGACAGAUGUAGCCAAAGACGAAGAGGAUGAGUUUGAAACCACAGUAGGGGUAGAAUCUGCUGACAUGGACAACAGUAAAGGAAGAUUGAGCCAGGAAUCUGACAAGUCAGAAAAUUCUGGGUUUGGUGACAGCAAUGCUCUUGGUAGUCUUUCCCAGGCAGGCCCUGCUUCUGCCACUGACUUACCUUCUUCAAUGUCUUCCUUUUUUCGUUCCAUGGGAUCCAUGCAGGACUCGCCAGGGGGAAGCCCUGGGUCUUGGAACUCACGUGUACACAACCCGUUUUCCUUUUCACAUGAAAUCUCGGACAUUGAUGCGUCUGACUCACCAAUUGGGAGCCCCGCAUCUUGGAACUUCCACUCUCUAACACAGACUGAUGCUGAAGCUGCUAGAAUGAGAAAAAAGUGGGGAGCUACACAGAAACCAAUUGUUGGUGACUCAUCACAUAGCUUGGCACGCAAGGACAUGACAAAAGGUUUAAAGCGAUUCCUAAAGUUUGGAAGGAAGAACCGUUGUACUGAGAGCCUGGCAGACUGGAUCUCUGCAACUACAUCUGAAGGAGAUGAUGAUACUGAAGAUGGAAGAGAUCUUGCUAAUCGAUCAUCAGAAGAUUUAAGAAAGUCGAGAAUGGGAUUCUCACAUAGUCACAAUUCUGAUGAGGGAUUCAACGAUAAUGACCUGUUCAAUGACCAAGUUCAAUCAUUACAAAGUUCAAUCCCAACACCGGCAGCAAAUUUCAAAUUUAGGGAUGAACAUCUGUCUGGAAGCUCUAUGAAAGCCCCAAAAUCAUUCUUCUCGCUUUCAAAUUUCCGGAGCAAAGGAACUGAGUCAAAGCCCAGAUAAUAAUUCUUUACAAUCAACACAUUUAAAGGCAAAGCAUAGAGAAUUACUUGAAGGUUGAAGAUUGUUGCAAUGGUUCGAAUCAUCUCAAGAGAGGAUAGAAUGUAAAGAAUGAGAAGCAUAAAACAUACGAAGUAGUUCGGGAAAUCUUGAGGUAAAUGGAAUUAAGGUACAGCAUCUAUUGUUGGUUUUGAUACCAAAAUGUAGUUUGGUUUCAAGAUAUGUUGUAUAUUUGUAAUGGUUGAACAGUUGCCUAUUGGCGGAAUGAUACUGUGAUUUUUGGUAGUGCCCACAGCAUUCUUUCUUCUUC